CUGGGGCUUUGGUGGGAGGGGACGGAGAGGCAAUUCUCCGGAUGGCCACGGGGCUGUCUGUUCGUGAGUCCCUUAGCAGUUGGGGUUCCCCAAGGUUUGUGGGCUGACCCGGGGUUGCAGUACGUGCCCAUAUGUGCCUUCGCCUCUCCCGAGGGCCCGUCUCUUCCUGGUAGUGCCCUUGUUCUUAUUCGGGACGUCGUGUUUCUUUCUUGGGACUGUUGUCUGGGUCUGCACGUAGGGUGAGUUUCUAUCUACCUGCUGUGAGGUGCAAUGGGGCAGAGAUCUGCAGCGGCGUGAGGCCCUACCCUACCCUGCAGGCCUGUCCUUGCCAGCCAUCACACCCUCCGACCCCACCAGGGUCAGAGCUGCCUGGGCCUGAGGGGGCCCUGCCCUGAGGAGGACGCCGAAGCUUUGAGCAGGCCCCCGACAGCUGCUCGCGGGAGCCGCCUCCCGACACCCGAGCCCCGCCGGCGCCUCGCGCUCCCGGCUCUUGGCUCCCUCUGCCUCCCCCUCCCCGCGCCCCGCCGCCGCCGCCGCCGCCGAGGAGGCCCCGCUUCGGGGUCGGACGCCCGGGUCUGUGGCGAAGAGCGAUGAGAGAGAUGCUGCCCCCACCCCCAUAGGCCCAAGGAAUCUGGAGCAAUGGGACCAGGGGCCCUUUCAUUUCUACUGCUGCUGCUCUUGGUGGCAACUGGAGAUGCUGACAUGAAGGGACAUUUUGACCCUGCCAAGUGCCGCUAUGCCCUGGGCAUGCAGGACCGGACCAUCCCAGAUGGUGACAUCUCUGCCUCCAGCUCCUGGUCAGACUCCACUGCUGCUCGCCAUAGCAGGCUUGAAAGCAGCGAUGGAGAUGGCGCCUGGUGCCCUGCAGGGCCAGUGUUCCCCAAGGAGGAGGAGUACCUCCAGGUGGACCUGCGGCGGCUGCACCUGGUGGCCCUGGUGGGCACCCAGGGACGGCACGCGGGGGGCCUGGGCAAGGAGUUCUCUCCCAGCUAUCGACUGCGUUACUCCCGGGACGGCCACCGCUGGAUGGACUGGAGGGAUCGCUGGGGCCAGGAGGUGAUCUUAGGUAAUGAAGACCCUGGAGGAGUGGUGCUGAAGGACCUUGGGCCUCCCAUGGUGGCCCGACUGGUUCGCUUCUAUCCCCGGGCGGACCGGGUCAUGAGCGUGUGUCUGCGGGUGGAGCUGUAUGGCUGCCUCUGGAAGGAUGGACUCCUGUCUUACACGGCCCCUGUGGGGCAGACGAUGUACUUAUCUGAGGCCGUGCACCUCAAUGACUCCACCUACGAUGGAUAUACCACGCACGCUGUUGGCGGGCUGCAGUACGGAGGGCUGGGCCAACUGGCAGAUGGUGUGGUGGGGCUGGAUGACUUUAGGAAGAGCCAGGAGCUACGGGUUUGGCCGGGCUAUGACUAUGUGGGCUGGAGCAACCACAGCUUCCCCAGUGGCUACGUGGAGAUGGAGUUUGAGUUUGACCGGCUGAGGGCCUUCCAGGCCAUGCAGGUCCACUGUAACAACAUGCACACGCUGGGAGCCCGCCUGCCCGGUGGGGUGGAGUGUCGCUUCAAGAGGGGCCCGGCCAUGGCCUGGGAAGGGGAGCCCGUGCGCCAUGCUCUGGGGGGCAGCCUGGGGGACCCCAGAGCCCGGACUGUGUCAGUGCCCCUGGGCGGCCGCAUGGGCCGCUUCCUGCAAUGCCGCUUCCUCUUUGCUGGGCCCUGGCUACUCUUCAGCGAAAUCUCCUUCAUCUCCGAUGUUGUGAAUGACUCCUCCCUGGCUUUGGGAGGCACCUUCCCACCAGCCCCCUGGUGGCCACCCGGCCCCCCUCCCACCAACUUCAGCAGCUUGGAGCUGGAGCCCAGGGGCCAGCAGCCUGUGGCCAAGGCCGAGGGGAGCCCGACCGCCAUCCUCAUCGGCUGCCUGGUGGCCAUCAUCCUGCUGCUGCUGCUCAUCAUUGCCCUCAUGUUAUGGCGGCUGCACUGGCGCCGGCUCCUCAGCAAGGCCGAGCGUAGGGUAUUAGAAGAGGAGCUGACGGUUCAUCUCUCUGUCCCUGGGGAUACCAUCCUCAUCAACAACCGCCCAGGCCCCCAAGAGCCACCCCCUUAUCAGGAGCCACGGCCUCGUGGGAAUCCACCCCACUCUGCUCCCAGUGUCCCCAACAGCUCCGCGUUGCUGCUCUCCAAUCCGGCCUACCGUCUCCUUCUGGCCACUUACGCCCGCCCCCCUCGAGGCCCGGGCCCCCCCACACCCGCCUGGGCCAAACCCACCAACACCCAGGCCUGCAGUGGGGACUAUAUGGAGCCUGAGAAGCCAGGUGCCCCGCUUCUGCCCCCACCUCCCCAGAACAGCGUCCCCCAUUAUGCCGAGGCUGACAUUGUCACCCUGCAGGGUGUCACCGGGGGCAACACCUAUGCUGUGCCCGCGCUGCCUCCAGGGGCGGCUGGGGAUGGGCCCCCCAGAGUGGAUUUCCCUCGGUCGAGGCUCCGCUUCAAGGAGAAGCUUGGCGAGGGUCAGUUUGGGGAGGUGCACCUGUGUGAGGUAGAGAGCCCUCAAGAUCUAGUCAGUCUUGAUUUCCCUCUCAAUGUGCGCAAGGGACACCCUUUGUUGGUAGCGGUCAAGAUCCUACGGCCAGAUGCCACCAAGAACGCCAGGAAUGACUUCCUCAAGGAGGUGAAGAUCAUGUCGAGGCUGAAGGACCCAAACAUCAUCCGGCUGCUGGGCGUAUGUGUGCAGGACGACCCGCUCUGCAUGAUAACCGAUUACAUGGAGAACGGCGACCUCAACCAGUUCCUCAGUGCCCACCAGCUAGAGGACAAGGCGACGGAGGGGGCCGGGGAUGGGGAGGCGGCCCAGGGGCCCACCAUCAGCUACCCGAUGCUGCUGCACGUGGCGGCCCAGAUCGCUUCGGGCAUGCGCUAUCUGGCCACACUCAACUUUGUGCAUCGGGACUUGGCCACGAGGAACUGCCUGGUUGGGGAAAAUUUCACCAUCAAAAUCGCUGACUUUGGCAUGAGCCGGAACCUCUACGCUGGGGACUAUUACCGCGUGCAGGGCCGGGCGGUGCUGCCCAUCCGGUGGAUGGCCUGGGAGUGCAUCCUCAUGGGGAAGUUCACGACCGCCAGUGACGUGUGGGCCUUUGGGGUCACCUUAUGGGAGGUGCUGAUGCUCUGCAGGGCCCAGCCCUUUGGACAGCUCACCGAUGAGCAAGUCAUCGAGAACGCGGGGGAGUUCUUCCGGGACCAGGGCCGGCAGGUGUACCUGUCCCGGCCCCCAGCCUGCCCGCUGAGCCUGUAUGAGCUGAUGCUCCGGUGCUGGAGCCGGGAGCCUGAGCAGCGACCACCCUUUUCCCAGCUGCAUCGGUUCCUGGCAGAAGAUGCAGUCAACACAGUGUGACUCACGACACCCAGCCGCCCCCCUCAGGGAGGAUUCAGGGGAGGCCAGUGGCACUAAACAAGAGGAGCUUACGGCACCCCCACUCCAUUCCCCCUCCCGACCUCCCUUCACCUCUGAGAGGCAGUGUGGCCGAAGGUGGGCUGGGCCUGCCAGGGAGCUGAUGCCCUCCCUUCCCCGGACACGCUCUCAUGCCUCCUUCCUGCUCCUCCCCUAGAAGCCCCUGCCACCCACCCAGCUGGCCCUGUGGAUGGGAUCCUCUCUGACCUCCUUGAGCCAUCCCUUGGGGGAGGCUGGGAGAAGAUAUAGGGCAGACACUGGACCUGGCCCACUGGCGCACCUGGGCCCCACUGGACAACACUGGUACCUGGAGAGAAGACUGCUGCCCCCAGCCUCUCUCUCCCCGUCACACACUGGACCCCACUGGCUGAGAAUUUGGGGAGUGAGGAGGACAAGAAAGGGAGAAGGGGGUUCCCUUGUAUCUCCUCCCGGAAUUGCCCUCAGCUUUGGCCUUUCCCUCCUCCAUCCUCUGAAACACUGGACUUGGGGGUGAUCCCUACCCCCACCCUUCCGCCUCCCCACCUCCCACCUGCCGUGUUGUAGCUAGAACUUCUCCAAGCCUGUAUGUUUCUGUGGAAUAAGUAUUGGGAUUAGGGGGGAAACAGAGAGCAACGGCCUGUGGCCCUGGGGUUGGACAUCUCUAUCGUAGCUGCCACAUUGGUUUUUCUAUAAUCACUUGGGGUUUGUACAUUUUUGGGGGGGAGAGACACAGAUUUUUACACUAAUAUAUGGAUCUAGCUCAAUGCUAUUUUAAUCCCCUGCACUAGGCAGGUAAUAAUAAAGGUUGAGUUUUCCACA